GACGAGGAUAAGAGCCAAGAGGCUGGCAACAAACCUUCCUGUCCAGACGCAGACCGUGGAACAUCGGACCAUGUCAAAAAGAGGGGAGAUGAAGAAACACUUUUGUCCGCACUGUGAGUAUAGAACGGGAAAUGCGGCACGCUUGAAAGAUCACAUCAGGACUCAUACCGGUGAGAGACCAUACCAGUGCCAGCAUUGUGACUAUUCUGCAUCACAAAAGAGCCGCCUGAAAAUGCACAUUAUUGCUAUACACACCGAUGAGAAAGCAGCAUACGAACGUGGACGCAGUGAGCGUUCGACAGCAUGCAAACGUGAACGUGUCCGGACCGAACACACUGGUGGUGUGAGACAACAUGCGCAUCGUUGCGAUCUUUGUAACUAUUCUACCACAUACAAGGCGCAUCUGAAGCGCCACAUUGCGGCGAAACACAGUAACUACAGGCCGCACAAAUGUCCAACAUGUAAUUUUGCUGCGGUGGACAAAACAUGUGUGAAAAAUCACGUAGCUACCCAUUCUAUUGAGAGACCAUACAGCUGUGAGAUUUGUGAUUACUCUGCAAAAACAAAGGAUCAUUUGAGACAGCACAUGACCACGCAUGCUGUCGAAAAGCCUUACAAAUGUGACGCCUGUAGUUAUUCUUCUGCGCAAUUGUCGAAUUUGAAACGCCACAUGGCUAAGCACACCGGUGAGAAACCUUACAAAUGUGACAUUUGUGGGUAUGGUACAGCAGAUAUGUCAAAUUUGAAACGGCACAUCAUGGGCCAACACGCUGGUGAGAAACCUUACAAAUGUGACAUUUGUGGGUACAGUGCAGCACAAAGGUCAAAUUUAAAGCUUCACAUUAUGGACAAACACUCAGACGAGAAGUCCUACAAAUGUAAAGUUUACGGUUAUGCUACUUCACGAAUGUGUGAUUUUAAGAAACACAUUACCACACAUACUGGCGAGAAACCUUACAAAUGUGACAUUUGUGCGCACGGUACUGCAUAUUUGUCAAAUUUGAAGCGGCAUGUAAUGGACAAACACUCUGCCGAGAAGUCCUACAAGUGUGACACUUGUGGCUAUGCCACUUCACGAAUGUCUGAUUUAAAGAAGCACAUCGCCACACACACUGGCGAGAAACCUUACAAAUGUGACAUUUGCGACUAUUGUACCGCACAAGUGACAAAUUUGAAACGUCAUAUGGCGAAACACACUGUUGAGAAACCUUAUAAAAGUGACAUUUGUGGGUACGGUACAGUGGAAUUGUCACAUUUCAAAAAUCACAGAAGGGCCAGACACACUGGUAAGAAACCUUACAAAUGUGACAUAUGCGGGUACGGAGCAGCACAACUGUCAAAUUUGAAGCUUCACAUUUUGGACAAACACUAUGAAGAGAAGCCUUAUAAUUGUGAAGUUUGCGGCUAUGGCACUUCACGAAUGUGUGAUUUAAAAAAGCACAUCACCAUACACACUCGUGAGACACUUAUGGGUACUGCGUAGCACAACUGUCAACUUUGAAUCGGCACAUGGGGAAAAACGUUAGAAAUUUGACAUUUGUUGUUGUUUUGUCACACACGUGACAAACAAAUUUGAAACGUCACAUGGAUAAACACACUGGUGAGAAACCUUACAAAUGUGAUGUCUGUGGGUACUGUGCAGCGCGAAGGUCAUAUUUGAAAUGGCUAAACACACUGGUGAAAAACAUAGAAAUGUAAAAUUUGUGAGCCUGGUGCGGCACAAAAGUCAAAUUUGAAAUGGCACUUGGGCAAAAACUCCAGAGAGAAGUCCUAUACCUACAAUUGUGAAGUUUGAGGUUCUGCUACUUUGUUAAUGUCUGAUUUAAAGAAACAAAUGGCUAGAAACACCGGUGAGAACCCGCAAAUAUUUAUAUGUGUGUGACUAUGUGACUUGGCCAAUGUUUGAUUUAAUUUUGCCCUCUUGUCCUGGAAAACUCUACAUGUAGAUAUGAUACCUUACGUUGUAAAUCUAAGGCUAUUCAUCUUUCUUCUUUAAGUAAAACAUGUUUUAAGAAACUCUUUGCAAUAUGCAUCUUUAGAUUUGACAACUCUCUAAUGCUAGGCAAAUACAUAAAAGAUUGUUUUUAAAUUAGAAAAGACACAUGUAUCUAGAUACAUGUACAUGUUUUAGAUAUCUACGUGUGUUACCUUAAAUUCACGGUUUGAUUUGUAGAAUUUUGAAGUUUGUAGUAGAUCAUGCGGAAGCCUUUGUACUUUUUGGUGUGCAAAAGAAGCUUCAUAUAAUACAUUUCUACUUCUUUUGAGAAUUGCUUUAGUCCACGUACAAUUUGGGCCCCAAAACUAAAAUAUUCUCCAGAACAACACCUUAAUGUGAAUGGCCUAUACAACAAACUUUUAGCAUAUUUGCAUCAUUAUAUUAUUUCAUAUUCCUCGCGUUUGUGAACUGUGCAGAAACAAGAAGAUACAUGUAAGUUAUGCCAAAGAGCAGUUACUCAAGCAACUGGAUAUCAUUUUGGAAAAUCAUAUCCAGUUGCUUGAAUAAAUGCUUUUUGGCAUAUCUUAUUACCUGGAUGUCUAAUCUUUUUCGACGUACAUGUAAGUUAGAUAUUUUCGUUUGUUCUCAUAUAUCGUUUAGUUUGUAGAAUUUUGCAGACUAUAGCAGACAGCACUAACCUCUUUGUACACUUUGAUAUGUCAAUACAGCUUCAUGAAAUACA